AUGGAAAUCAGAAUUGGGAGUGAUAGGGCAAGGGAGAUAACGGACAGGUUGCCUUUUGACGGUGCCAUCCACACGGAUACUAUUGGCUUUACAGGAGGUCUCUGGAUGCUUUGGCACUCAGAUAGGGUGGAGGUAAACCCGCUUGCUACCACUGAGCAAGAAAUUCAUGCUGUUAUCAAGGUAAUAAGCUCUAACUCUGAUUGGUUGUUUACUGCUGUAUAUGCUAGUCCUAGGAGUGCCGAAAGGCAAAUUCUAUGGAAUAACCUUAAUAAAGCAGCUGACCUGCAUAGUAUGCCCUGGGUUUUAGCGGGGGAUUUUAACGAACCUCUUCUUGAGGAUGAUAAAUUCGGAGGUAGGACUCCACCUUCAGUUUCUCAAUGGCAGAUUAGACUUUCGGAUGAGGUUAAGGACAGCAUUAGUGGGGGUGUUAUGGAGGAGGAGAUAAAGACAGCCUUUGUUCCAGGUAGAAAGGGCAUUGAUAAUGCAAUCAUUAUUCAAGAGAUUAUUCACACUUUGAGUAAAAAGAGAGGUAAAGUGGGAUAUAUGGCAAUAAAGAUUGACUUGGAGAAGGCUUAUGACAAACUUGAGUGGAGUUUCAUAAGGGAUAUGUUGAUUAGAUUUAAUUUCCCUUCAGACAUCAUUGAUAUUAUAAUGAGUUAUGUUUCUACAGUUUCCACUUCAAUUUUAUUCAAUGGAGAAGCCUUAGACCUAAUAUACCCUUCGAGAGGGAUAAGACAAGGUGACUCGCUGUCCCUGGCAGAUAAUAUAAAUUGUGGUGCUAUUAGGGAUGUUAUUGAUGAAUUUUGUAGUGUUUCGGGGCAAUCUAUAAGUGAGUCUAAGUCAAAAGUGUACUUCUCUCCUAAUGUGGAUAGGGAUACCCGAGAGUCGCUUUGUGACAUCCUACGCUUCAAUUCCACUCCUAACCUUGGUAAGUACUUGGGGUUCCCUAUUAAACACUCAAGAACCUCUGCACAGGACUUUAAUUUCAUUUUGGAUAAAGUUAAGCAAAAGUUAGCGGGGUGGAAGGCUAACAUGCUGUCCCUAGCUGGUUGCUCGGUUCUUAUUCAAGCUUCUUCAGCCACUAUACCUUCUUAUGUCAUGCAAGGUGUGUAUCUUCCUCAAAAAAUUCUGGAUGGUAUUGUUCGGGUCAAUCAGAAUUUUUUAUGGGGAUCCUCUGAUGCAGCUAAGAAAAUCCACUGGGUUGGAUGGCACAAGGUGGCCAAACCGAAGGAGGAAGGAGGUUUAGGGUUUCUUGGAAAAAAUGUUGCUUUGCUUGCUAAACUCAAUUGGAGAUUUCACAUGGAGAGGGGCAAACCAUGGGCUGAAGUGCUUAAAAUGAAGUAUUGCAACCAAAGGAGAGUAUUAGAAGUUAAGGAUAUUAUAAAGGACACAGGGUGGGAUUGGGAUCAAAUCCCUUUUGACCUCCCAUCAGGCACCAAGAUGAUGAUCCAAGUCACGCCAUUAUCCUUGACAAGUAGAGGUGGGGACAAGCUUACAUGGGCAGGGAAUCCUAGAGGCAUUUUUGACCUUAAAAGUGCUUACAGCCUUGCCAUUGAGGUUGUACCAGUACCUCCUUUUUCUGCUAGUUGGAUUUGGAAAGCUAAAACUUUGCCUCAGUCAAUACUUCAUGCACUCAGAGAUUGCUCCUCUGUCAAAUUUGUUUGGCGCUACCUGGGAAUUCAAGCUACAAACUGCGAAUUUUGGAAUGCAAACCUGCAGGAGUGGUUGAAUGCAAAUGGAAGGAUAAGUCCAAUUCGUAAAGUCAUCAAGAGAAUCCGUUGGGAAAGACCACCUGAGGGAUGGGCAAAGUUGAACACUAAUGGAGCUCUCUGUACUCAUUCGGGUUCAGUUGGGUGUGGAGGAGUUGUUAGAGAUGACAGGGGUGAAUGGAUGGCUGGAUUCUCCAGGCGUAUUGGUGCAACAAACAGCUUUAUGGCUAAGUUUUGGGGGUUAAGAGAUGGCUUAAUUCUCUGCUGCAACUUACAUAUACCUUCUUUGAUUGUAGAGCUUGACGCUAAAGCAAUUGUGGAUGCUUUGCUUAAUUUAAAUUAUGAGAACAAUGUCAUAUCUCCUAUAUUGGACGACUGUAGGCAGUUGGUGACUCAAUUCCACCGGAUUCAGUUUAAGCAUUGCUAUCGCGAAGCUAACCAGUGUGCGGAUGUGCUUGCUAGGAGGGGCGCUGAGCAAGAUAUUGAUUUUCUUUCUUUUCUUAGUCCGCCUGAGGACAUUCUAAAUGUGUUUAUGGAUGAUUUUUCUGGCAUGCACUUUAAUAGGCAGUGCCUUGAUCUUGUUGUAAUGUUUUAG